UACCUCUAUAUAAAUAUUGUUAUGAAGUAUUUGAUUACAUAUUAUGCAUUAAUUAUUCCCUUCCUGAAUAUAUUUUUCAAAAAUACAUUUUUAUUUUUUUUGUGUGACUUAAGUAAAACAGUUCUGAAUGGAUAAAAAUAACCUGUCACUCAUUACCGGUAAUUAGUAGUAACUAUUCUCAAAAUGCAGUAUAUACUAUGUAUAGUAACACAUUAUUGGAGGUGGGCUGAAACCUAAUUUUUAAUUUCACAUAACCUAAAUGUGAAAUUAUUACAAAGGAGAAAUAUCGAACAAAGAAUUAUUCAAGAAACCCUUUAUUCUAAAAAAUUGAAUACUAUAAUGCUACAGAAAAAUAAUUUAAUAUAAAAUGCAACUAUAAUGCAGACAACUUCAAAUGUAAAUAUUAACAAGAUUGUACCACUUAAAACGGUUAAUAUGGAGAGUCCAUCAAUUAAUGAAAAUGAAAAUUCUUCUGUUAUACAAAACUCACCUAGUUCAGACUCAGCGAGUACUGAACAAAGUAAUUUGACAGAAGCCUCUACUCCGCAAAAUAGUUCUCCAAAAUUAGGUAAUCGUAAGAAAUUGUAUACUGAUACAAAUUCACCAAUUGAUAUUGCUUAUCCGAUAUACAAUAAUAUGAAUAGAACAUUUGAAACUAAACAAGAGUUACAUCCUGCAUUACAUAACAGAUUAAGCAUUAUAAGAAGGUAUAGAAUUUACAGAAGAAAUAAGAAAAAACGCUUGUAUAUCUUUAACAACAUGUUCUCCUUUCUCAACAAUGUCAACAAUGAUAAGCAAUUUGUUGCAAAAAAGAAAAGACCCAUAAAGAAUCGAAAUUAUUCAAACGAAAUUAUACCAGCAUUAAAUGUUUCACAGAAAUGUGGUGCCUCGCUGAUCACAAAUUUUAAAAUUGUAAAUAAUCUUGUAACUAAUCACAAUUUAACAGAAAGAAAUUAUCAGUGUACGGAUAAAUAUUUGUCAACCAAUCAAUAUCUAAGUACGGAAAAUAAUAAAGUAAGUAAAUUCAACAAUUCAGAAUUGAAUUUGAAAAUAUUUAAUACAAAACAAUGUCAACAAUCUCAUGAUGCAACAAAAAAAAUAACAGUUCGUUUAAAACGACUAUCUCAAGACGACAUACAGAAAUACAAAAAGUCAAACGAGGCAGUGACAAGUUCAAACAAUUUAAAUUUGGUAGUCCGUUUAGAACGACUAUCCAAUUGCGAUGUACAGAAGCACAAAAAGUCAAAUAAGAAAGUGCCAAAUUUAAGAAAUUUAAAUGUUGUAGUUCGUUUAAAGCGACUAUCCAAAUCUGAUGUACAGAAGUACAUGAAGUCUAAUAAGAAAACAACAAGUUGAAGGAAUUUUAGAAUUGUUACGUUAAUUUCAAUAAAAAAAGAGUUGUAACAAAACCAAUCUCAUGAAUUUUAGUCACCACAAUCUCUGAUGUAUUUUGGUGAUAAAACUACAUCUUCUUCAAUUCAGACUUCGCUUUGACCGGCUAUCAAACAAAGAUUAGCUGAUAGAUCAUUUUCCAAAUUAUCUUAUUUUCAUAAAACAGUAAAAUGAUUUAAACGCUAUUUGUAUACGAAAUUGUGAUUUUCUUACAUACUAUCUGCAAAGAAUAAUACAUUAUUAGUUUUGUACAAAUAGAGCAAAAGUUGAAAUAUAUAUUUUAUGGAAACCAUACCUUUUACUUAGUGUGACCAUAACUUCUAAUAAUAUUAGUGAUAUAAUGUAUUUAAUAUUUGAAUAACAGUUUAAGAGUUGUACAAAUGCUAUAUCGAAAAGCUGUUUUUUAAUGUUAUAUUUUUAAUGUAUUAAAAUACUUGGUUUUAAUUGAUUACAAAUGAGUACAUAUUUAUGGCGUGGGUGUACACCCCCGUCCAUAGAUAUGUGGAUGUUUCCCACCUAUAAUUCAUAAAUAAUAUACAAUGUGAAUUAUUACGAUAAAACGAUGUAUGUUAACAAAUUCUAUUUUAAUUAUAUAAUUAGUAACAUAUAAUAGUAUUAAAUUAAGUGAUUCGAUUAUUUAAGAAUGUAUUGCGGUCUAGAAUUUCGAAAAAAUCGAGCUUUUUUUAUUUCAUUUUUUUAAAGUGUACUAUUUAGCAAAUAUACACACAUAUGUACAAAACCAUUUGCUUCAGUUUGUGCAAAUGUCGUAUGUGUAAUGAUGCAACACUGUAGCGGCAGGUAUCCUUUUUCCUCUACAUCGUUUUCGACUUCUAUUAUUUGCUUGAGAAACCCCGCCUAAAAAGAUUUGAAUUCUCGAGCCGAGAUUCUCGAC